GUUGGCAGCUGGUAUCCCACUUCGCCAUUCCCUAUCUCUCUUCAGUCUCCUUAUUUUUCAGAGCUGCUUAGUUCACCAUGCACUUUUGGCACAAUGCUCUUCAGUUCUGUCUGAUUGCCUCCGCAGCCCUUCCCAUUGGAGCAGCUUCGACAUGGGGUGUCGCUGAUGCCACCGUGUCAGUCCAGUCCAAGGGAGCUGGUGUCGGGGUUGGUUUAAAAGAACGAAUUCCCGAUGGCCAGCCGCUUUCCAAACCGAUUUCGCUCGGAAGCUCAGAUACGCUGAAAGUCGAUCUGGUCGCGCAGGAAGCACGCACUCCGAAACGACCACACCAAGCUUUUCUCCUUUUGACAGAUCCGGCUACUGGCUUAGAUAUUUCUUAUCCGUUUAGUGUUAGAGAAAAUGGCAAGUCGAGGAUUGAGCUGACUCAGAAGGAUCUUCCCGCUCAAUUUCUGAGCACGCCCGAAGGUCUUGACGCCAACUUUGUGAUAGGGUCGUUUGGCAGCUCGCAAGCAUACAACGGCGCUGCCUUCAAGCUGUCGAUAGCCCGUGAAGCGGACGUGCCUCUGCCAUCGACGGAGGCUUCGCGGCAACGCAAACUCCCCGAAAUACAUCAUAUUUUUAAGCCAAACCCGGAAAGCCCACCGGUUUUUGUGACUCUUAACUUUGUUGCUAUGGUCCUCUUAAUACCCUUCGCGGCUCUGAUAACUCUGUGGACAUCCAUUGGUGCGAAUACUAAACAGCUUCCAAUGGCAUUGAAAUCGGCACCACUGCCUCAUGUUGUAUUUGUCGGAUCACUCGUUGGCCUUGAAGGUGUCUUCUUCUUAUACUAUACUUCGUGGAACCUCUUCCAGACCCUUCCGGCUGCUCUUGCAGUUGGUGUUGUGGCGUUCAUCAGUGGCAGUCGGGCCUUGGGCGAGGUUCAAGGACGGCGUCUUGCUGGCCUAAGAUGAGCAUCCUAGUACUAUUUACACUGAGGUAUUCUAAAAUAUCGAGUCCCUGGCAUCAUGACCCGGGGCUUUCAUGGC